AACUUUAAAGGAUAAAUACAAUUAUACUCGCCUCUUCUUAAAUUCGAGACAAUUUUAUAAAAAACACGAAAAAUGAUAUUUAUCUGAUAAACAAUAAGCGUUGAGUGCAAGUAAAUCGGGUCUUGUUAAUAAGCCACUCGAAAACCAAAAACUGGUUAAUUUUAUAAAGAGAAAACCGAAAUAGUACAUCCCAUACAUACAUAUUAAAAUGAAUAACUAUACAAGGAGAUACUGGCCGAUCGUUCUUUACCUAUUUUCGAUUUCAUUUUCUUUUAUCGAUGGCUCUUUUAUAUUGCCAGAGAAUGACCCUCCCACUACGGCGCCAAAAUUCUUGUCCAGGGGUCACUUGUACAAGGUCAUCGUCGGGGAGACUAUCGAGUUGCCCUGCAAAGUACAAAACCUCGGCUCAUUUGUGCUUUUGUGGCGAAAGGGUUCAUCCGUGCUCACAGCCGGUCAUUUGAAAAUAACAAGGGAUCAGCGCUUUAAGAUAGUGGGGGACUACAACUUGCAAAUUAAUGGAGUGAAGACUCAAGACGCUGGCGAUUAUAUAUGCCAGCUCGGUGAUCAAGAAAAUCGUGACCAAGUUCAUACAGUAGAAAUUUUGGUACCGCCCACACUGAGGGCCCUGCCACAUAAUGGACAAGUAACUGCCCGGAAGGGAAGCACUGUCACCUUGGAGUGCAAGGCGUCUGGUAAUCCGGUACCCACAAUAUUUUGGUUUAAGAAAGAUGUGUUUUCGGGGCCCACUCAUUUGUCGGAUAGCUCAACACUAAUACUAGAAAAUGUGGACAGACAUCACGCAGGAACAUAUCAGUGUUCUGCCGACAACGGGGUAAAAGAUCGCGUAUCAAUGGACAUACAGCUCACCAUUCUGUCUCCCCCAGAAAUAACCGUGGAGAAAUCCUGGGUUCAUGCAUCCGAAGGAUACGAUGUUGAGCUGGUUUGCAUUGUCCAUGGAGAUGUGAACUCAGAAAUGCUGUGGUACCAAAACUCAUUUCUUCUUGACGCAACCGAUCGACGUUCCAUGUAUCCGCGUGAUGAUAGAUACAGUCUAAUUAUCCGGAACUUUCAGCCAACCGAUUUCGGCAACUAUAGCUGUGUGGCUGAUAAUGCUUUGGGAAGAACUAAGAAGUAUAUUGAAGUUUCAGGCCGACCUGGGCCUGCUGAUUUUAUUUCCCCAGGUUUAAGUGGAUUUCUUGAUCACUACAACUUAACGUGGACAAUCGAAUCUAUUCCUCCUCUGGAUGAGAUUAAGCUUUUGUAUCGCCGCCUAUUGAUGAAUGAAACCUACCAGCAUCCUGGUAAAUGGCAUGAGUAUCACAUUAAGCCAACGCCAAUAAGAACCGAUGGAUCCCACUUUUUAAUGUCGUACCUCGUCAAAAACUUGGAACACAAUGCUGUUUAUGAAGCGAUCGUUCAGGCUAAAAAUAAAUAUGGAUGGAACGAGAUCAGCGAUAUACAUCAGUUUUAUACGCGAAAUCAUGAUGUUCUUCUCGAUAUUGAUAUGGAAUAUAAAAUGGGCAUCUCAAGCAAUAUUAGAAUAUCUCCAACUGUCCUUGGAAUAAUUAUAUCUUUGAUUAUGUUAGUACUCUAUCCCAUCAUUAGUGUUUAAGAAAUAAUGAGUAGGGUUUAUUUGCAAAUAUAAUUUAAAUGGUGCCUUACUAAAACUUUAGCAAAUAAUUAAAUUUACAAGUAUGUACAUUAAGAAAUCGUAUUAAAAGUAUUGAAAUCUCAAUAGAAUACUUCUCAAUAGAAUAUUAAUGAUCGUACUUCCGCAAUGGUUUAAGAUGAAGAAAAAAUAUUUAAAUAUUAUUUUUUCUCAUUACUUCUGGAGUAAUAUUAAUAUAAAAACAAAAACGUUCACUUGAAUAUUUGACAAAGAGACAUAAUUUCACUAAAUUUAAUGUUGCUGCCAUAAAUUAUAAAAAAAUAAUUUGAUAUGAAAGAAAUUGCUUUCCCCUGGUGCGUUUGGUAUUGUUUUUUUAUGCUAAUACAAUUUUAUGUUAGCCUAGGAGUAUUUUAAACUUCGGGUAAUGAAUCUGAGCAAAAAAUAAUAGACUCAGUCUCCCGUUAGCCCGAUCCAUGAACUGAGUACCGGAUUAUAUCAUUAUUACUCUCAAUACCGAUCUAUAAAAUCAGCUUAAGCUAAACUAGCUGAUAUUGAUAACGAAUAAUAAACGCCAUACCAUAAAUAGGUCCGAAAGUAGUCAUUGAAUUAGUAAACACUUAUCUGAAAAUGAUCGGCGAAUUAAAUCGAACUUAAAUUAAGGAAACGAAAUUCGUAUAUUUGCACAAAAGAUAUAUGUACAUAAGCACAAGUAUUCUCAAUACAUCUGAUUGACAGAGAAAAUGUUGAAAAGCAGACAAAAACAUUUACCACGUUUAUACGAUGCAUAUUCCCAUAGCCCUCAUAUUGUUUGUAUCUGUAAUUUAAUAGGCAAAGUGUCGAAAUAGCAUCCCUCAAAAAACCUGUUUUGUAUUUAAUAAUUAGUUACAAAAUUGUUAUUCCCCAGAGUGGUGAGAAAUUUUUUAACAUAUCGCGAUAAGGUAUUAUAAUAUACUUGUAUCCCCAAUCGUAUAAGCGUAGUAACUGUUGAUAAAAUUAAAAAUCUUCUUUAACGAAUAUUUAGAAGUUAGAAAAUAUGGUAAUCAAAUUCUAUACACUUGCACCAUAGGUAUUCUUUCAAAUUCAUGUCCAAUCUGAGACACCAUUUCUCGUGGCACAUGAACCAGUUCACGCUAAGGUGAAAAACAAUUUUAUAAUUUUUUGUGCAGGGAAGUUGUAUCCGAACUGGUAUUCUUUCUCUCAUUCUGGGUAGUAGAAAUAUACAAAGGAAAACUAUGAUAGAUCAGCAUUCAAAUUCACAGCUGAAAAAAGGCUUAGCAUUUUCAUAUGAAAAGUUAAAAGAAUACAGUAUAUACCCUCCUGUAAUCAUAAAAUACAUAAAUACAUAUUGCAAUAUCGUUCAACGAUUGUAGAUACGUUUUCAUUAUAGGUAUACCAAUGGGAAUAAAAAUCACUUAUAAAAUAAAUAUAUAGAAAUCUAAAUAAUUAAGUAUUAGGGAUCAUCGGUCUGGAAGAAAAGCUUCCUCAGUUACUUAAAUCAUUUAAAGCCAUGGCAUUAUUAAUGUUAACCAAAAUUGAAUUAAAUUUUGUUCAUAAAUUCAUGUACAAAGCACAUGCAUCUUUUUAAAGAGCAUACACGAUUUAAUGUUUUGAUUAUAGUGGACUUAAACAUUUAAUAUUAAGUAAGACCAAGAACUAAGUUGUAUCACAAAUUUUUAAUUUACAUAGUAUUUUUACAAAUUCAAAUUAAUUUCGUUAAAUUUUUUUAUUUUUUUUAAUAGCCAGAUUUGAGUAAAAUAUAUCUUUGUCCUACGUUUUAUGAAAUCCAUCUAUGUAUCUUAAAAAUUACUAAAACUCCAUGUUAUUAAUAGAAGUAUCUUUAGACACAUAAUCAAACAAUAACAUAUUAAUAGAUUUAAACACAAAAAUUAAACAAAAACUGUACAAUACAAAAUUAAUCUUUUAAACCGGGAUAAAUUUAAAGUAGUAAUAAUAUGAAUAAUUCUUUUGUAAGUAUGUAUGUAUGCUCCAAACGUACAUAUGUAUGUAUGUACAAUUAUGUGCGCAAUAUCCGUAAACUUUGGAUCGUAUUAUGGACAUAAAAAUAAAGUAUCUUUUAUUUUAAAUAUAAGUGUUCUAGACAUAAGAAAUAGAAAAUAUCUCAUUAGUAUUAUAAUUUCAAAAAAAAGAUUUACUUUACCUUAAGCGUGUAAGAUCUACCUACUAAUAAUGAAUGGCAUUAUACAUAACAAACUUACAAAGCACGAAUAAAUCAUUUUACUAGUA